AUGGGCACCGUAAUUCAAGAAAACAAAGUCGCCCUCAUUACCGGCGCUGCGUCCGGAGUCGGAUUCGCCAUUGCGAAGCUCUGCCGCAGUAAAGGCAUGCACCUGGCCUUGCUAGAUAUUGACCAGACGAAUCUGGUCAAAGCGAAAGUGCUCUUACAUGAUCUCAACCCGAGUCUUCUAACGGAGGCAUAUGUGAUUGACGUGGCCGACAUUGAAAUCUGGAAGGCCACUGCCCAGCAAAUUGCCAAGCUCUUCCGUACCAUCGACCUAGUGGUGCUGAACGCUGGGAAAGGAUACCAGGCUCAGGGACAGAAUCCCGGUCGCUUAAAUCCCUGGUUGGAUGGGGAUUACUGGCAAAAGACAUUCGACACAAACGUCCGCGGCCCACUAAACGGACUAGAAGCUAUUCUGCCCCUAGUCUGCACUGCCGAAUCACCAACCCCGAAAUCAAUCGUCAUCACAGGCUCAAAGCAAGGCAUCACCAAUCCUCCCGGUGCAGGAAACCCAGCCUACAACGCAUCCAAAGCUGCCAUCAAGAGUCUGACCGAACAUCUCGCCCACGAUCUACGUUCAGACCCAGCUACCUCUCAAAUUUCAGUUCAUCUGUUGAUUCCUGGAUGGACAUGGACGGGAUUGAUGGGUAACGUCGGUCCUACCGAUGAGACAGAAGUUAAGAAGCCCGCGGGGGCGUGGUAUCCCAGCCAAGUUGCGGAGGAACUUUUGAAGGGACUGGAAGCUGGAUCAUUCUAUAUUAUCUGUCCGGAUGGCGAGACUACUCCGGCCUUGGAUCAGGCGCGUAUGAAAUGGGCUAGUGAUGAUGUGAUCGAAGGACGGGUGGCGCUUUCUCGAUGGGAUGAGAAGUGGAAGAAUCGUGCGGCGGAGGCUAUUCAGGCCGAUGCCAAGGCGCGAGGUGCCUGA